AGCUCAUGGAUGGAAACGGAUCAAUGAGCUUUGACUUUCUGAAGAAGAAGCAUCCUGGUUUAGGCAUUAUGUUGAUCAACCAGCAUAUACGGAUCUUCACUGGGGAAUGUUUGUGCCUUUUAUUAAAGGAUCUGGUACUGAGGAGCAGCAAGAGAAAUGGUUGCCGUUGGCAUAUAAGAUGCAAAUUAUUGGUUGCUAUGCACAGACUGAACUUGGUCAUGGCUCCAAUGUUCAAGGGCUUGAGACCACUGCAACUUUUGAUCCAAAGACUGACGAGUUUGUUCUUAAUAGUCCUACACUCACUUCAAGCAAAUGGUGGCCUGGUGGUUUGGGAAAAGCUGCUACACAUGCUGUUGCUUUUGCCCGUCUUAUUACUGAUGGAAAAGACCAUGGAGUAAAUGGUUUCAUUGUCCAACUUCGGAACUUGGAUGAUCACUUACCUCUUCCAGGCAUAACAGUUGGUGAUAUCGGCAUGAAAUUUGGAAAUGGAGCAUACAACUCCAUGGACAAUGGUGUCCUGAGAUUUGAUAAUGUCCGCAUACCAAGGGAUCAAAUGUUGAUGAGGUAUCCACUUGGUAUCCACUCUGCAUGAUUUUGUCCUGAAGAUGUGUUGUAUUUUGGUUCGUGUUUUGUUCCAGGUGAUCGAUUACAAGACUCAGCAAAGUAGGCUCUUCCCUUUGCUGGCUUCCGCAUAUGCUUUCAGAUUUGUUGGUGAGUGGUUGAAAUGGCUCUAUACGGAUGUAACACAAAAGUUGCAAGCAAAUGAUUUCUCCACAUUGCCUGAAGCUCAUGCAUGCACUGCGGGUCUGAAGUCACUGACUACUUCUGCAACUGCUGUAGGAUAUUAUUGCUGCUCUUUAUUCUUCUAUGUUUUAGCUUUCUUUUUGAGGCCCAUGAAGCUUUUGAGUGACAGCAAACAUAUACUUCCCGUCCCAUUGACAGAAA